CCAUUUCCUCAUUCAACUCUCUCUCUCUCUCUCUAAAGAGCUCAAAGCCUUAUACCAAAUCAACCAUGGCUUUACACAGAGCUCUACUGUCUUCAAUGCUACUUAUAUAUCUCUUCGCCUCCUUCACAGAAGCAAGAGAAUUCUUGGUUGGAAGCAAGACCAACGCAUGGAAAAUCCCAUCCUCUGAAGCCGAAUCGCUCAACAAAUGGGCUGAAGCCUCACGUUUCCAAAUUGGAGACUCACUUGUUUGGAACUAUGAUCCGAGCAAGGACUCUGUGCUACAAGUGAGUGAAAAGGACUUCGAGAGUUGCAGUACUUCGAGUCCUAUAGCUGUAUACAAGGAGGGAACCACCAAGGUGAAGCUUGAUAGGUCAGGGCCAUUCUAUUUUAUCAGUGGAGCUGAAGGCCACUGUGAGAAGGGCCAAAAAUUGGUCACUGUUGUCUUGUCUGUGAGGCGUCAAUUCUCUUAUGUUUCUCCAGCACCUUCACCGGUAGAGUUUGAAGGCCCCGCUGUCGCUCCGACGAGUGGUGGUGCGAGUCUUAGGGGUGGAUUGAUGGUGGCCUUUGGGUUUCUGGUGGGGUUGGUGGUGUUGUUUUGAGGAAGACAUUAUUUUUGUGAUCGGUAGGAUUGAUUCAAUUUAUUGGUAGUAAUUGAUUUACAGGAGGGGAUAUUUGUUGUUCUCAAUUUCUAUUUGUAAUAUUCUUUUGAAAUUAUAUUAAAUUUCGAUAUUAAUGA